AUUUGCGUUUUGAAUAAGUUUUAAAUUCACAUACUUUGGUAAUUUAUUAGCUCAUUGUUGUUUAUUGAUAGUUUAUGGAAAAAACUGAUUGAAAGUAACAAACUGCAACAAAAUUAAAGUUUGAAAAUUUGAUAUAUUUUAAACUAAUGAAAGACACAGUUAAAAGAAAAUUAAAAAAGAAAGUUAAAGGAAAUGGCAUGGAAGACAUUUAUACUUUUAUUAUUAUACGGGCAUUUAAUCAGACAAGAAAUAAAUGCGGAUACAACAACAACUGAUCAAACAGUUUCAGAAACAACAACUGAUGCAACAUCAUCGACAACAACUGUAUCUGACCCAUCAGCAACAACUACCACAUCAGCAAUAACAACCACAAUUCUAAUUACAGCAACAACUGAACCUGAAACAACAACUACUUCAUCAACAACCACGCAAUUAUUAUCUACAGAUGCUUCAACGUCAACAACUGCGGCUCCAAUUACAACAACGAGUGAAUCUGCAACAACUACGCUACGAACAACUACUGUUGCUUCAACAACAACAACCGCGGCUUCAAUUACAACAACAACUUCACCUGAAACAACCACGCCACUAUCAACAACAGGUGAUUCAGCACCAACAACUGCGGCUCCAAUAACAACAACAAGUGAACCUGCAACAACAACUACUUCUUCAACAACCACGCAAUUAUCACCUACAGAUGCUUCAACGUCAACAACUGCGGCUCCAAUUACAACAACGAGUGAAUCUAUAACAACUACGCCACUAUCAACUAUUGUUGCUUCAACAACAACCGCGGCUUCAACUACAACAACAACUCCACCUGAAACAACCACGCCACUAUUAACUACAGGUGACUCAACACUAACAACUGCGGCUCCAAUAAUAACAACAACUGAACCUGCAACAACAACUACUUCUUCAACAACCACGCAAUUAUCAUCUACAGAUGUUUCAACGUCAACAACUGCGGCUCCAAUUACAACAACAAAUGAAUCUCCAACAACUACGCCACAAUCAACUACUGCUGCUUCAACAGCAACAACAACUUCACCUGAAACAACCACGCCACUAUCAACUACAGGUGAUUCAGCACCAACAACUGCGGCUCCAAUAACAACAGCAAGUGAGCCUUCAACAACAACAAAUUUUCCAACAACCACACAAUUGACACCUACAGAUGCUUCAACAUCAACAACUGCGGCUCCAAUUACAACGACAAGUGAAUAUCCAACAACUACGCUACUAUCAACUACUGUUGCUUCAACAACAACAACCGCGGCUUCAAUUACAACAACAACUUCACCUGAAACAACCACGCCACUAUCAACCACAGGUGACUCAGCACCAACAACUGCGGCUCCAAUAACAACAGCAAGUGAGCCUGCAACAACAACUACUUCUUCAACAACCACGCAAUUAUCACCUACAGAUGCUUCAACGUCAACAACUGCGGCUCCAAUUACAACAACAAGUGAAUCUGCAACAACUACGCCACUAUCAACUACUGCUGCUUUAACAACAACGACCGCGGCUCCAACUGGAACAACAUCUUCACCUGGAACAACCACGCCAUUAUUAGAUACUGGUGCUUCAACAUCAACAACAGCAACUCCAAUUACAACAACAAAUGAAUCUGCAACAUCAACUACUUCUUCUACAAGCUCGCCACUAACAUCUACAGCUACUUCAACAACAACAACCACGGCUCCAACUUCAACAGCAGUUCCACCUGCAACAACCAUACUACCGUCAACAACAACAAGUGAACCUGCAACAACAACUACUUCUCCAACAACCACACCGCUAUCAACAACAGGUGGUUCAACACCAACAACUGCAACUCCAAUUACAACAACAAGUGAAUCUGCAACAACUACACCACUAUCAACUACUGCUGCUUCAACAACAACGACCGCGGCUCCAACUGGAACAUCAUCUUCACUUGCAACAACCACGCCAAUAUUAGAUACAGGUGCUUCAACAUCAACAACAGCAACUCCAAUUACAACAACAAAUGAAUCUGCAACAUCAACUACUUCUUCUACAAGCUCGCCACUAACAUCUACAGCUGCUUCAACAACAACAACCACGGCUCCAACUUCAACAGCAGUUCCACCUGCAACAACCAUACUACCGUCAACAACAACAAGUGAACCUGCAACAACAACUACUUCUCCAACAACCACACCGCUAUCAACAACAGGUGGUUCAACACCAACAACUGCAACUCCAAUUACAACAACAAGUGAACCUGCAACAACUACACCACUAUCAACUACUGCUGCUUCAACAACAACGACCGCGGCUCCAACUGGAACAUCAUCUUCACCUGCAACAACCUCGCCAAUAUUAGAUACAGGUGCUUCAACAUCAACAACAGCAACUCCAAUUACAACAACAAAUGAAUCUGCAACAUCAACUACUUCUUCUACAAGCUCGCCAAUAACAUCUACAGCUGCAUCAACAACAACAACAACGGCUCCAACUACAACAGCAGUUCCACCUGCAACAACCAUACUACCGUCAACAACAACAAGUGAACCUGCAACAACAACUACUUCUCCAACAACCACACCGCUAUCAACAACAGGUGGUUCAACACCAACAACUGCAACUCCAAUUACAACAACAAGUGAAUCUGCAACAACUACACCACUAUCAACUACUGCUGCUUCAACAACAACGACCGCGGCUCCAACUGGAACAUCAUCUUCACUUGCAACAACCACGCCAAUAUUAGAUACAGGUGCUUCAACAUCAACAACAGCAACUCCAAUUACAACAACAAAUGAAUCUGCAACAUCAACUACUUCUUCUACAAGCUCGCCAAUAACAUCUACAGCUGCAUCAACAACAACAACAACGGCUCCAACUUCAACAGCAGUUCCACCUGCAACAACCAUACUACCGUUAACAACAACAAGUGAACCUGCAACAACAACUACUUCUCCAACAGCCACACCGCUAUCAACAACAGGUGGUUCAACGCCAACAACUGCAACUCCAAUUACAACAACAAGUGAAUCUGCAACAACUACACCACUAUCAACUACUGCUGCUUCAAUAACAACGACCGCGGCUCCAACUGGAACAACAUCUUCACCUGCAACAACCACGCCACUAUUAGAUACAGGUGCUUCAACAUCAACAACAGUAGCUCCAAUUACAAUAACAAGUGAAUCUACAACAUCAACUACUUCUCCUACAAGCUCGCCCCAAACAUCUACAGCUGCAUCAACAACAACAACCGCGGCUCCAACUACAACAGUAGUUCCACCUGCAACAACUAUACUACCAUUAACUACAGCUGCUCCAAUAACAACAACUGCACCUGCAACAACAACUAUUCCUUCAACAAUCACGCCAGUAACAACCACAGCUGAUGCAGCUUCAACAGCUGCAGCUCCAAUUACAACAACUGCACCUGCAACAACAACCACCCAAAUAACAAGUUCUACACUAACUACAACCACAUCAAAGGCAACGAAUACAACUACUCCAACCAUAACCAUUUCUUCAACUACUAAAGAUACAAAUGAAUGUUCAGUUAACAAAGCUUGUAGUUGGCCUUAUGGUGUUUGCAAAAACACUGUAGGUAGUUUUAUUUGCUCAUGCAGUGCUGGUUGGUCACUAAGUUCAACUAAUGACAGCUGUGUUGAUAUCAAUGAAUGUUCAGUUAACAAGGCUUGUGAUUGGCCUUAUGGUGUUUGUAACAACACCUUAGGUAGUUUUAGUUGCUCAUGCAGUGAUGGUUGGUUUUUAAGUCCAACUAAUGACAGCUGUACCGGUCCAUCACCUUCUGAUGUAAGUUCAAAGUCAUUUACAAUCAGUAUACCAACAUUUACAACAAGUGAACUAAUAGCAUUAUUUUGGAUUAUUAUUCGAAGUCAAGAUAAUCUCUCUCUGCCCAAAAAAGCCCCAAACCAAUAUACUGAUAAAGAAAUUAAUGAAAAUGUUGAUGGUUGGUUUCGACUUGGUCCAAUUAGUAACAAUUCUAAAUCGUUUACUGUUCGUUCUUCAAAAUCAAAUCGAAAAAGGAGAAGUACAGAUGGUUUUGUUUUCACUGAGGGACAAGUUUAUGUUACAUUUGUACAAGCGUUAACAGCAAGUAAUAAAGUCUUGAGUUCACCAUACUAUCCGCCUGUAAUAACAGCAGACCCUGGUUCUCCAUGUACUGAUCUAUCUUGUUUUGCAUACAAACAUCAAAUUUGCAGUAUGGUCAACUUAACUUUUGCAAAAUGCUAUUGUAAGAAUGGUUAUAUCAGUUUUGACAACCUUUUAACAUGCCAAGAUAUUGAUGAAUGUUUAUCUGAAAACAGUUGUAAUUUCAAGAACAGUCAAUGCAACAAUAACCCUGGUUUUUACACCUGCUCAUGUGUUAAUGGAUAUGAUUUAAGUAACGACGAAAAAAGUUGUAUAGAUGUAAAUGAAUGCCAAAAACGGUGCAAAGCUCCAAAUCAAACCUGCAUCAAUACAAUUGGAUCAUUUGAGUGCCGUUGCAACAUUUCUGGGUCUUUUUAUAAUGCAACAUCAGAUAUAUGUCAAGAUAUGGAUGAAUGUAGUACUGGUAAUACACCAUGUGAUCCUGUUAGAGGAAUUUGUAUCAAUGAAAAUGUCUUGCAAACUGGCAAAAGGUACACUUGUUCAUGCCCCAGUGGUUGGAAAUUAUUAAAUGAUGGAAGUAAUAGUUGUGUUGAUGUAAAUGAAUGUUUAACAUUGUGCAAUGGAACAAAUGCCUCUUGCAUGAACACUAUUGGUUCUUUUAAAUGUUCUUGUGAUGUUGGUUUUUCAUUAAACUCAUCUUACCAGUGUGAACGCAAUGUCUGCGAUGCAUGUCCUACAAAUUCUAACUGCUCAGUGAAUAGUUUUGGGUAUGUUGGUUGCACGUGUAAUCUUGGUUAUUCAAUUAACUAUAUUUCACAAUGUGAAGCCAAUCAAUGUCAAAGUAAAGCGAUGAGUUGUUUGGCACCCCACCAAGUUUGUCAAAAUGAUAAUAGUGGGCUUGGCUUUUCAUGUGUUUGUUCAAAUGGAUAUACAAAAGUUGGCAAUGACUGCAUAGCAACUAAUACUAGCAUAUGCAAAUAUGCCUCUUCGCAAAAUAUAACCCUAUGCCCUUCUAAUCAACAAUGUGUUGAUGUAAAUGGAAGUUUUGAGUGUGGAUGUCUGGCAGGUUAUCUAAAGAAUGCUUCUGGCCAGUGUGAAGACAAAAAUGAAUGUCUCAUUGAGAAUAUCUGUAUGGAAAAUGCUGAAUGUGUUAACUCAAAUGGUGGAUAUGAUUGCAGAUGUAAGCCGGAUUAUAGUGGAAAUAAUGAAACAAGCCCUUCUACUAAAGUUUGCUAUGCUAACAGCGCUUGGAGCUCAUGGGAACAAGUUGGACAAUGCAGCCAGCUGUGUCAAACAGACCAGAACAUAGGAAAGUUAUCGUUUACAAGAGUUUGUUUAAGUUCUGGUAAAUACUGUUCAGGCGAUGAAAAAAAAGAAGAAUUUUGUAAUACUGAAUAUUGUGAUAACAAAAUAAAAGUUUCCAAAUCAUUGGAAUGCUUAAAAUGGGAAAAUGCAGAAGGUUCUAUCAAUUUACCUUUUAAAGAAGAUAAUCAAACAUGGUUUUUGGAAUUGCGAAAGUGGAUUAGUUUCUAUAUCAAAGCAUCAAAGUGCUUCAGUAUACCAAAUAUAAAGGCUUCAAUUCAGUCAGAGCUUAUAGAAUUGGAGUUAGAAACUGCCAAAUUAAAAACCGUUCGUUUAACUUUAAGACAAGUCAUUCACUGCAACUCUUAUUUACAAAAAAUAAAUGAUUUGUAUCAAAAGUACCGCUCCAUUCAGUCCAGGUUGGUUACCUAUACUACAAUAAAAACUGCUUUUAAGAAGUUGCAAGCCAGAUUAGCUUUAAAACAAAAUGAAUGCAUUGAUUCAAUGCUUGGUCCUUUUUCAAGCUACAUCCCUAACAGCUUGAUUGUCUAGUUGGCUUCGACAGUCGAGUGUACGUCGGAUUUUUUUAUAACAUUUGCUUAAUUUUGUACUUUUCACAUUUCAACUUUAUUUGUUAGAAUUAUAUUUUCACAAUUUUUUACAUUCAAUUUUUAAAAAAGUUUUGUUUAAAUAACUUUUUUUAAUAAAUUUAAUGAUAUAUUAGUAAGUUUGUAGUUUUUUUU